GAGUUACAGACUUAAGGCUAAUCUUUUAUAAGAUAACGUGAGCUCAUAUUUUGGAUAUAACAACAAAAUUGUAGUGUUUAUUUUAGGUUUUCUCUGUUUCUUUACAUUUAAACUUUUUUACCCAUAGGUUGGACCCUUUGUGUAAGCUUUCUGUUACUAAUUUGCAUCCAUUAACUCAUAUAAUCACAACCAGAUGUUGCUCUGAAACCACACAGCAGUGUUGAAUUUACCAUCAGAUUUUAUUACAUCUUGUUUUAAGAUUGAAAGAGUUCCACAUGCUUGUGAGUUUUUUUAUGAUGCUGAUGAUAAUGGGUCACAGAUGAGGCAUAUGCAUGAUUUUACAGAGUCGUGUACAUCUGGAGUUCUGUUUAGAGUUACUGUCUUGGGGUCAGGGGUAGGUACUGGAAAAAAAAAGUAAAAGUAAUGGUGUCUUAAAAAAACAAAAAUAUGAACUCUAAAAUGCCUUUAAACAGGGAAGACUGGACAUUCUGUAAAUUUUCAUAUCAGGGGAGUUACAUGUUGCCUAAACAUGUAUACUAUACAUGCAUACUCAUGUGUAUAAAAUCAGUUUAAAACCUCCAGUCAACCUAACAUACAUUUGCGGACCAUGAGAAGAAUCUGGAGAAAACUUGUGGCAUUCAUGCCAUCAGAUUCCUUUUUUAUUAUUACUAGUGCUGAAUUGUUUCCCUGAAAGAUUCAUGACAUCAUUUCCCACCCUUUGUUUUCCUCGGUGCACAUCAUUACAUCCAGAUUUAGUACACUCUGUGCCCAUAAGCUCUUGGAUUUAAUUUCUCAGAGGAGGGUUCCUGCUCUGAGACUGGUUUGCCUCACAGUUUGUUUUGAGCAUAUUUUUGAUCUACAAUCAUAACAAUGUCCCUAAACCAUUGCCUCUGAUGUAAAAAAAAUAUAUUUGUGAAUUUAAACUCCACCUCCUGAGAAAAGUAGCGCACACAAACUGGUUUCAACCAUCUUUAAGCUUUGAAACAGCCCAGAGCUGUGUUUAGGAACCAUGAAACAUUUGUUUUUGGUGGUUGUGUGUCUGCUGCUGUUUCCUCAGCAGGCACAAACCAGAAGAACGGACAGGACCAGCUGCAAGCCAGUAACAGCCAGGUUUUGUCAAGGUUUAGGAUACACUUCUACCCUUCAUCCAGAUGGAGUCCAAGGCUUCAGUCUGCAGCAGAUUGGUCAGAUUGUGGAGACAGCCUGUUCUCCUCACAUCGCCACGGUCAUGUGUCGCGUGGUUGUCCCCGAGUGUGGAUCAGAAAACGAAAGCCAGAAGAAACCGUGCCGAGCUCUUUGUGAGAAGGUCAAGAGGGACUGUGAGUCUCCUUUACGAGCAAAGUGGUUGUUCUGGCCGAUGAGGCUCCGAUGUGACGCUUUGCCUCUGACUAACUGUGUAGAGGAUCAAGAAAUCCCAGUUACCCAGCCUCCCCCUCCAACGUGUCAGGCGAUCACUGUCCCGCUCUGCAGUGAGUUGUCUUACACAGAGACCAUCCUGCCAAACACUCUGGGACACCAAACCCAGGAAGCAGUCAUUCAGGAGAUGCAACAAUUUGCCCCAUUCAUAACGGCAGAAUGCUCCCCUCAUCUGAAACCUUUCUUAUGCUCAGUCUACACCCCUAAAUGUGUCUUAAGAAGAGCCCAGCCCCCCUGCAGAACUGACUGUGAAAAGGCACAGUCAGGCUGCGGGCCGCUGAUGAGACACUUUGGUUUUCAGUGGCCCGAGAAGUUAAGGUGUGAAGAAUUUACCACCACGUCAUGUGGACAGGUGCAAACAGUGCAAACAAGGAGAAAUGACAGGACAAGCUGCAAGCCAGUAACAACCAGCUUCUGUCAGGGACUGGGAUACACGUCUACCCUUCACCAGAGUGGAGUCCAAGGCUUCGACAUGCAGCAAAUUACUAAGAUUGUGGAGACGGCCUGUUCGCCUCACAUCGCGAUGCUCAUGUGCCGUGUGGUUGUACCUGAAUGCAGCCCAGAGGAUGAAAACCGGGUGAAACCCUGUCGACGUCUCUGUGAGAAGGUCAAGAGAGAGUGCGAGUCCCCUUUAAGAGCCAAACGAGUGUACUGGCCAACAAAGCUGCGCUGUGAAACUCUACCUGAGUCCAACUGUGUGGAGGAUCAAACCACACCUCUCACUCAAGCAGUCUCACCAGUCCAAGCCUCACCAGCAACUUGUCAGACAAUCACUGUCCCCUUCUGCAAGGACCUGCCUUUCACUGAGACCAUCCUGCCUAACAUUCUAGGACACAAAACUCAGGAGGAUGUCACCUUAGAAGUGCAUCAGUUCACCCCCUUUGUGAAGGUGGAAUGCUCCCCCGAUCUCAAGCCUUUCCUGUGCUCCGUCUACGUACCCAGAUGUUUCCUGGGGAGAGCUCAGCCCCCCUGCAGAACUCUGUGUGAGCGAGCCCGCGCUGGCUGCGAGUCACUGAUGAACAAGUUUGGCAUUGAGUGGCCCGAGUCCUUAAAGUGUGAAGCAUUUGCCACAGAGUCCUGCGAAACUGCUUCGCUCUUCCAUGUUAUUGAGACAUCCAGAUCAACAUGUGAAACAAUCACCACUUCUUUCUGCAAAGACCUGCCUUACACAGAAACUCUGCUGCCCGGUGUUCUGGGCCACAGAACUCAGGAGGAAGCCAAACUGGCCCUGGAAAAGUUUACUCCCCUCGUACAAUACGGAUGCUCCCCUCAUCUGAAGCAAUUCUUGUGCUCCGUCUAUUUUCCCAAAUGCAUUUCGGGGAAGGCUGUGAGUCCUUGCAGAACGCUCUGUCAGCAGGCCAGAACCGACUGCGAACCACUGUUGGUCAGCGUCGGCUUCACCUGGCCUGAAAACCUAAAGUGUGAAGAAUUUACCACGGACUCGUGUGGACAGUACGGCGUGAGCAGCACUGGGGGGAUGUGUGAGCCCAUCACCCUCCCUGCGUGCCAAGGCCUGUCCUACAGCCAGACCAUCGUCCCAAACCUUUUGGGCCAUGCAAGUCAAAGAGAAGCGGCCUCCAAGAUGUCCUUUUUCAACUCGAUAGUGCAGACCUUGUGCUCGGCAGACAUGCAUGUCUUCCUGUGCAGAGUUUACACCCCGGAGUGCGUGGAGGGGCAGGUGCAGCGGCCCUGCAGGUCAUUCUGUGAAAAAGCCAGACAGAGCUGUGAGGGUUUGAUGAGUAAUUUAGGAGUUUCCUGGCCUGUUGAGCUGCAGUGUCACUCCUUCCCAGAAGAAAUGUGUGUAUCUGAAGACCUCAGGAAGGAGAUGCUGAGUGCAGAGGAAGUUCUUGCCAAAUUGAAUGCUAAUGGCUACACUGUUAGUGGCAAAUCUUUAACUCUCACGACGGCCCGAUUGCUGCUGAUUCUGAUGGAUGCAGAUAAAACAGGAGACCUGGAUGCGGUGGAGUUCUUCAGAUUGGAGCACUAUGUGGCCGUGAUCAGGAGAGAGUACGUGGAGAACUACGAAAGCAGCACUCCAUCUACGGUCAUACAGGCUAAUAUGAAAAAGGCUGUUGAUGCCCAUGGUUUUUCUUUGGAUGAUGAAACCUUCAAGGCUCUGUGGUUUGAAUACAACACUAAGGGUGGAAUCGACUACGAUAAAUAUGUGGCAGCCCUGACAAAACUUCAAAUCCUCAAAGAUCGUUUCCAGGCUCAUCUGCUGAAUUUGUCGUGUAAUUGCCAAAUCGCCAGUUUCUCUUUUAACCAG